AUGGACAGACAUGACAGCACGAUACAAUUACAAUCCAGGUCCGACACGCAGCUCCUAGAUGUAGAUGCAGAAGACAGACCUCGGGAUAGAAGCAGCACAAGCGACGCGGAUGAAAAUAGCCAUGAGGUCAGAAAUGAGAGCCCGCCACGACACGCCCGAAAUGUUCUUGGGGCUUGGGGCUUUGAGAUUUUUAUGCUACUCUGGAGCAUCGCCCUUCUACUAGCCAUCUUCUUCAUCUUGAUGCGUCAUCGGCGGAAAGAACUUCCCAACUGGGGCGACACCAUCACCAUCAACGCCCUCGUUGCCGUUUUAGCGACCCUUCUUCGCAUCAGCAUUGCAUUCGUUGCCGCGGGAAUCACAGGACAGGCGAAAUGGGAUUGGAUUUCCCAGCGAUCGCGUCCCGCCAAGGACAUGCAAAUAUUUGACGACGCCUCUCGCGGCGUCAUUGGCUCCCUCAAGCUCAUACCUCUCGUCUGUUUCAAGAUGCCGCUAAUUCUAGGCGCUGUCUUCAUCACCGUUUUCUCUUUCGCCAUUGGCCCUUUUUCCCAGCAGGCCAUCCAGACUUAUCCAUGCUCUCAGCUUAGUCCUGAACCCGCCACCAUUGUGACAGUCAACCGAGAGCAGGCCCAGAAAAUAUCGAUGUCGGAUAAUCAUCAUCUACUGGCGAUUGACUUUGGUUUACGCGUGGCCAUUCAAGAUGCUCUCGUCAAUCCAUCCAACGACUCCAACAUUGGGGCUCUGUUUAGCUGCCCCACGGGUAACUGCGAAUUUCCCACCUACGCCGACAAGAAGGACUCCCCACGAGAGCAAUUCAUCUCUCACGCCAGUCUAGGUAUCUGCAGUGGCUGCUUCGAUGUAGGAGAGCUCGUUGUAGGCCCUAUUGUCAAUGCCUCAGCAAAUACUACCGAGUUCCGCCUCCCUAUACCGCUCAACGCAUACGAGAACAAGAAUUCCACCGCCAUCACCAUGUACCACGACACGUUUUCAACACCUCUGGCCAUUAAAUCUAGAAACCUCUCCUGGGCCCAAAAUGUGACAACGAUUGAGAUGCAAAACCGGGCUCGCUGGGCCUUCGCAUCCUUCUCCAUCCUCGCCGCGUCGCAGGGGUCCUGCAAGACAGUUGACCAUUCUCUCAAGUGUUCAAAACCGCAGGGUUAUGCCGCUGCAUCAUUCUUUCUCUACCCUUGUAUCAAGUAUUACAAGGGAAGCGUAAAGAGCGGAGUUCUCACGGAAAAGGUGGUUCGUGAUGUUCCACUACGACUUCAACGAGCUAAAGAGGUACUCGGAGCGUCGCCUGGGUCUGAUCCUGACGACUGGAAGGGUGUACAGGUUCCCUGUGCAGUAAAUGGUACCCUCUACACUUCGGAGAACAUGUCGACUGCCGCCGCCGCUCUAGGGCCUGAUGCUGUGGGUACUGUUCUUGCUCACACAGAAGAUUGGGCCAGCCAAAAUCUGAGCCAAGUAACCAAAUAUGUCAACAUCACAGCCCCUUUGGAGUGCAUUUUUGAGCUAAGUGGCUUCUCUAAUCGAGUCCUUGCCAAUUACUUUUACUCAGAGCUCGAGUCUUUAUGUCCUCGAGUGGGUGAUGUGUUGGAAUGCGAUCCCUGGUACCUAGCCGCCCUAGCACACAAUGGCACUGCCAGUUUUGCAACUGUUGAUGAGGAUAUCACCUCUUUGGCGUUACGCAUGACAAGGGAACUCAGACUUCACGGCCGAGGCCCUCAUCAGGACAUCGCGGGGGCUGUCAAAGGUGAUGCUUUGAGGAAUGCAGUUAGUAGGUUGGACUUUGGUGGAUGGCCUUCGCCGAAGAACGGGGCCGUUGUGGAAGAACUCGAUCCUUUCAUUGAUGCUUCAGAACCAACCGGGAAUAGGCGCAAUGGGCCUUGAUUACAUUGAAAAAAUGGCAAAGGGGC